AAAUGUUCAGAAGUAUUAUCAGUUGUAAAAAUUCUCGUGUUUUGCCAGGUUCGUUGAGAUCUGGUAAAAUGCUGGGAGCCUCACUCAGGUUCAUAAACACAGUGAUCACCCCUCCAAAGAAUAGGUCUAACCCUGACCCUGUUCUGCUGAAUGUUGGGGAUCGGGCUGAAUUCACUAGAAAAUUCACAAGAGAAGAUAUCAAGAGUUUCGCUAUAGCAGGCCAAGAUAAAAACGCUGCUCAUCUUUCUGAGGAAAACUCAAAGGAGUUUUACAAGAAGGAUGUUGUCUAUGGAAUCUUCACCUCUUCCAUUUUCACCAUGAUUAUGAGGGAAUGUCUCCCAGGAGCUAUUUAUCUGGGCCACAACAUUAAGUUCACUGCUCCAGUGAUGGCCGAUAAUGAAGUUACUGCGACUAUGACUGUGGAGAAGAUUAGAGAGGACAAGAAGAUUGUUACCUUCCAGACCACUCUUUUCAACAACGAUACAGACAAGGUAGCCAUCAAAGGAGAAGGCACCUUCAUUAUCCCUCAUCUUAAGACUCGUGAAAUUGAACUUCCAUCUGAAAAAGUGGAAGAAGCUAAAGAGGAAGAAACAGUGGAGGAAGAGCCUCAAAAUAUCGGCGAAAGCUUUGAAAAUUACAGCAGGAUAACUGAUAAAACAAAAGAGGUUCUCGAGGGUAAUGGUAUCAGAGGUUUGUUCCCCAUCCAGAGUGCUACUUUUGACAGUAUGUAUGAUGGGAAGGACCAUAUUGCUAGAGAUCUUACAGGUACAGGAAAGACACUCGCUUUCUCACUUCCUCUUGUUGAAAGAUUCAGACAGCAAGGAUAUUUUGAAGAUAAAAAGGGAACAAGAUGUAUCAUCUUAACUCCAACAAGGGAGCUUGCAAUCCAAGUUUCAAAGCAAAUAGAAAUGUUGAAGCACUCCAGAGGUGAAUUCAAUGUUGCCACUAUCUAUGGAGGAGUCUCGUAUACAAGACAAGUAGAUGCUCUCAACAGAGGAGUUGAAUUCAUUGUAGCUACAACUGGAAGAAUGAUCGACCAUAUUAAAAACAGGACAGGUAGAUUUGAAAAUGUAGAGGCUGUCAUUCUUGAUGAGGCCGAUAGAAUGCUUGACAUGGGAUUCCAAGAUGAAGUUGAGCAUAUAAUUGAAGAAGUGAAGCUCCAGAAACAAGCAAAGCCUCAAGUUAUUCUUUUCUCAGCAACUGUCCCUGAUUGGGUCAAGAAGAUUGCUUCAAAAUAUCUUGAAAAGGAUUACAAGUUUGUUGACCUUGUCAAAAGCUUGAAGAACAAGACUGCUAAAUCAGUGGAGCAUAUCUCUGUUCAGCUCGAUGAAAGAGAGAAAAUCAGAGGUCUUUCAGACCUUCUUUCUGUUCAUGCUGGGAAAGAUAACAAGGUGAUUGUCUUUACUCAGACUAAGUUAGAGGCUAACAAGAUUGUGUCUAAUCCUCAGUUCAAGAAGGGAGGAUCAUUCAGUGACGAAUUCAUAUUCGAAGCAAUUCAUGGAGAUGUAUCACAGCAUAUGAGAGAGAUUACUCUAAAGAAUUUCAGAGAAGGAAAAUGCAAUGUUCUUGUAGCAACUGAUGUAGCAUCAAGAGGGCUAGAUAUUCCAGAUGUUGAUCUGAUCAUUCAGAUGCAACCCCCAAAUGACAUUGACUCCUACAUCCAUAGAUCUGGCAGAACAGCUAGAGCAGGAAAAACUGGAACAUGUAUAACACUUGUUUCUGGGUAUGAAAAUGGAAUGCUUAAAAAUAUCGAAAGAGCAGCAGGUAUUAAAUUUAAGCAAGAAGGAUUACCGGAUCCAAAGCAGCUUGUAACGAAGCAAAUUGAUAAUCUUGAGCAUGCCCUCACCCCAGUUGAACCUCAAAUUUGAAAAAUGUUCGAAAAGAUAGCUACCAAGCUAAUUCUUGAGAAGGGAGCUUUAAAUGCGGUUUCUUUAGUCCUAGCCCACAUGACUGGAGCUGAUGAUAUUAUGCAAGAGAAGUCUCUGAUCAAUGGAAGAAGAGACUACACCACUAUGACUCUGAAGAGCAAUUCUAGAGUUGAAAACUUCCAUUACGUAAACAACAUACUCAAAAGAGUGAUUCCUCAUGAGGCCAAUUUCAGAUUUGAGAGUGUAGAAAUCGCUAAGAACAGAAAAGUAGCUUACUUCGACAUCCCUAAAGACAAGGUGGAUAUCUUCUUUGACCUUGUUGAGAGAGAUCAGGAGAGUGAGUACCACAGGUACUAUCAGAUUGAGAAGACUGAGAGUCUUGACAAAAGCGCUCUUUUGAUGCCUUAUGACAGGAAGAAAGCUCAGAAUAGAGGCUUCAGAGGCAGGUCUAAUAACAGAGGAGGCAACAGAAGGUCUAAUAGAAACUAUAACAAUAGAGGAGGUUCUUACAACAGAGGAGGAUAUAACGACCAAAGAGAAAAUGAUUACAACAGAGGUGGCUACAAUAACAGAAAUGACAGAGAUGAUUAUUUCGAUGAUAACUCAGGAUACAAGUUCGACUAUUAAACAAUGAGAGCAGAUAGAUAAAGACAGACUCAUGUAACCCCCUUCUAAUUAUCUAUUAUAU